UUUCUCGUGCCGGAUAGGCAGUCUGACGGUCAGUCUGUCAGUACGUGGGUAGAUCGGCAGACGGGAUCUGGUCUACUGCCAGCUGGUCUAGUAACACCAUGAAAUGUACUAGGUCUAUUGGAGCACCUGUCUUGCCGACAGGGACAGUUGCGUCAUUGCUCGAGAUCGCACUGAGGGACGGACUGAGGGAUUGAGGGAUUGAUUGAUCACCCUCUCACAUGCCUACCAAAUGAUAUCAUCACUGAUAGCCCAGGGCUAUUGUAGCAGGCGGCUUAGAUACAGCUAGCUACAUUGUGUUCGACCACUUUCCAUCCAUUGAUCAACACCGUUCUUCAUCUAUCGUCAAACCACUGACUGACUGACAGCAAUUGCGUAUUGUGGAAACGCCCAUCCAACCCCUUGCACAGCCUCACAAACCACAGUCGUCAACUGAACCAAGCUACAGCAUCAACUGCAUAUCUCACCUUACCCACUUACCCACACCUGUGCACUCUGCACAUAGUUGGCUUAGUGCAUCAGCAAUCACGAUGAACCGCCUCGCCCUCCGCGUCCCGCCCAUCUCCACCUCCGCCCUCAGGACCGGGGUCGCCCUCCCCAUCUCGGCCCGACGACACUACGCAUCCUCAGCCCCCAAGAAAGCCGAGCAAGCGUCUGCGCAGUCGGGAGGCUCCCGCUCAAAAGAUGCCAUCCUCUCUGCUGACCCCCUAGCUGGCGACGGUGCAAAGGGCAGGACCGGCGGCGGCGAGCCUCUCUCUAGUUCCGAGAACCCGCCCCCACAGCCAAAGAUCAACAACGCCAGCAUCCCAGGCCAGGGCAGGGACAAGCUCACCAAAGAGCAGCAGGAGGAGGUCGACAGGCACAACGCCGAGUUCGAAAAGAAACACGAUCGAGCGAGUCCGGCGGCCGAAGACAAGGUUGACAAAAACUUCUGGAAGGGACAAGGAGGCGUCGAUGGGCAUUGAUAAUCGAUUAUGCUGCAAGACAGCGUAGAGAGCAGUGGAUGGAUGGGAGAGCAUCGACCUUCAGAUAGCAAUCAUGUCUUCGAGAUUGGAUGCUGCAGCACCGCACACAGUAUUUCGAGUCCUGCCUCUCGCCCCGAACCCCAAUGGGUACUUAAGUAUUUUUGACACUGCA